AUGACUCAAGAUUCAGGAAAGAAGAUCGUUGCCGGUCCCAAACCUAUCAAGAACUCAUAUGGAGUCAAAUUUCUUGGUUUGAAGACUGCAUCUUCUACUCCCUCUAGGGUUACUCGUUCUUCUGCAAAAAUUGUCACUCCAGAAUCGUCUGGACCAGCCAAGAGGACAAGGAGUAUGAGGAUCAAGCAUGUUGUCAAGCGAGGCACAGGGAAAGCUUCAAGCGUUCAGGACAUUUCAGAAGAUUCCAUUCCUGAUCCACCGGUUGAUGAUAAUCAAGAAAGCGAUGUCGUCGAUGCUGAAGCAGAUCAAGUUAUCCACAAUGUCUUAGAGACUCUUGCAGAUGUUGCCACGGCACAGGAUGUCAUGCCAAAUGUUGAAUCACAGGAUGAUCGUGAUUCUGAACCAAACUCUGAGGCAAACCCUAGUGAACUUGAUACUGAGAAGGAAGAUGAUACUGAUGUUGCUAGUCAGGAAUCUUCAAGUGAGAAGACUCCCUCUGUUGAAAUUCCCCAUGAGAAAACCCCUGAACCUUUGUCCAAGAAAGGUAAGAAACAAGUGUCUGUUGCCUCUGAAGAAGAAGACUCUGAUGAUCAAGAAGUGCACAAGAAAGUCAUUGCCUCUGCUAGUAAGAAGGCCACAGUUUCUACAAACAAGAAUGUUGCAGGUUUGAAAGAAAAGAAGAAAAAGGUUCCUGGUUCUCAGACUCCCAAGACUCCAAAAGCAUCUCAGGUCUCAGUUCCUGAGAAGAAGACAAAGAAGGACAAGAAAGAUGAGAAGAUUGUUGCAUCCACUGGAAAGAAGAGGAAACAUGUUGCUGAAACUGACUCUGAGCUAGAUGUUCCUGACAUCACCACUACGGCCAAGAAAAGGAUCAAGGGGAAGAGAAUUCCUUUGAAUGUUCCCGAGGCACCAAUUGACAAUGUAUCCUUCCACUUUGCCAGUUCUGCACAAAUUUGGAAGUUUGUUGUUUAG